UCUGCCUUGAAUGGGGGGAUAAACGGGGCGCCCGACGGCUUUUUAGAUGAACCGUUAACGGCUUCAGAGGUACUGCAAGUGCGCGCGCGGCGUUCUGAGCCGUCGCGGUAGCGGUUAUUUAAAAAACUAAUUCUCGGUGGCCUGUCGUCGUUGGGUCAGAGGGUGUCGGUGCCCGUGUUAUGCCACCGGGUUUCAUAAAAGAGGCGUGCGGCCCUCGGAAUAACGCUUGUCAUUUCCCCCCCGCUAAUGUCUUCAUUCACUUGUUUCCUCGUAACGUGAAGUAAACGGUUUAUACGUCAUCCGACCGUUUGAAAUGUCGAGAGGCGUCGCGCUCACCAACCGCUGUCGGCCGAGCGUUAAAUAAAAAAAACGUCUUUUUUUUUUUUUUAAUUGACGGCGCUGAACGGACGGUUAGGAGCGCGCGAGCUAACGUAACGGGUUUGUGUGUGUGCGCCGGUUAGCCGGCUCAUUAAAAAACACGACGGUGUCAGCCUGUCCUAACUCUUUUAAAUCUAAGAUCAUUUAAAUAAACAUAUAAAUGGGUGUUUAUAUAUAUAUAUAUAUAUAUAUAUAUAACCUGUCGCUGGUGUGCUUGUACACUACAGGCGAGCGCGCGCUAGCUGUUAAAGGACCCAUUUUUCUACCCCUCAAAUAGCGAAUAUUAGUUUUUUAUCGUCAAUGUAUUUUAGGCUUUUUUUGAUUAGUAACAAGCUAAUUCCGUUUUUUUAUAAAAAUGGUGAAGUUAAGUUGAAUGUUUGCCAACAGAAAUAUAUAUAUAUUUUAAAGGAAUAGUGAGUUGCUCCCACGUGUUUCCUGUUACACUUUUAUUAUUUAGACUUUUAUUUUGUAUUCUGCAGAUCAUGAGGGGGCUGAUUUUACCCAGAUCUCGCGAUAAUCUAGUCCACAGUGUGGGGCCCUGGGAAGGCUUCACCCAGAGAGACGGGGUCAUUAAACUGGCAUUUAACCCACAACAACUGGGACAAAUUGAGAGAGUAAAUAUAUAUAUUUGUUUGCAGAACUUGUUUUUUUGGGACAUGGACAUGUCUUUGUUGUGUGUUUAUUUAUCUCCACCCUUAUUGGCCAAUGACUGAAUGCAAGGAUCUGAUUUAGAUUUUGCUUUGAUAUCUAGAGCCAGCUGUGUUUUGAUUACUGCAGCUGUCAUGUAAACAUCAACACUUUUAACACAUUGAAUCCCAGUGAGAUGUUGUUGUUGUUGUUGUUUUUGUGCGGAUUGAAGUGCAGUAUAUUGCAUAUUAUUCUGUUUCCUGUCUCUCGCAGCGCCGCUGACCCAUCGCACCAUGUCAGAUGCCGAUCUCGACUUCACGUCCGGCGAGUCCGGCGCCUCCGCCACCUACCCCAUGCAGUGCUCCGCCCUGCGUAAGAACGGGUACGUGGUGCUGAAGGGUCACCCCUGCAAAAUUGUAGAGAUGUCCACCUCCAAGACCGGCAAGCACGGACACGCCAAGGUGAACAUGGUCGGUAUCGACAUCUUCACCAACAAGAAGCACGAGGACAUGUGCCCCUCCACCCACAACAUGGACGUGCCCUCCAUCAAGAGGCUGGAUUACCAGCUGGUGAACAUCAACGAAGGAUUCAUGUGCCUGAUGAGCGACUCCGGGGACAUCCGGGAGGACCUGCGCGUCCCCGACAGCGACAUCGGCCGAGAGAUCGAGGGCAGGUUCGAGGCCGGCGAGGAGUUUGUGGUCACCAUCAUCGCUGCAAUGGGCGAGGAAUGUGCUAUCGCCACCAAGCUCUUGGCCGGCAAAUAAGGAGACGGACUUUGCUUCCAAGGCAACAAGCUCCGCCCACAACCGGUCUCUUGCGUUCUCAUUGGUUCUGUCACCAAAGCGUCGGCCUUCACAGACAACCUCAAUCAUGCUGUUGUGAUUUUCUCAUUUUACUCCCCCGUAUCCUCCUUCUCCCUUUCUCUUUAACAGUUUGAUCAUUUGCUCAUUCUUGCUUUUUAUUUUUCCGGUUUUGCCUCUCGCAUUCCUGAAUGUUUUAAUAACAACGGGAUUCAGCUUUUGUAUGAUUCUUUUCCCCCGUUUUAUAUAUAUAUAUUCUUGACUAUAGCGGGUCUAAAGCCUUUUAGAGGGGAGGGCAGGGAGCUGUUGAAGCUGCGGGGGGGAGGGGGGUGGCCGUCCCUCCAGCAUGGCCUCAGCUCCGGUUCCCCUAGCUGCUGGGUUUGGUGGUGGCACUUGAGGUCUACCCCGGCAUGUCAAAGCUCUGAAAGCAAGAAAAGAGAAGUGUUUUUGUUUACCCCCCCCCCCCGCCCUCUCCUCCCCCGCCCCCUUUUAAGAAGAACAGAAACAAACGUCAGUGAUUUUAACCCCUCGUGAUGCCAGUCUGUGUAGAUGCCGGAGGAGUGUGUGUGUGUGUGCGCACCGCUUCUCCACCAGGGGGUAGUCAAGGGCUCACCCCAUGGCCACCCUCUUCCUCCCCCUCCCCCCUAAAGGAGUGUUAUAUUUAGUUUUUGAGAGUGUGUCGCGGUGUCGGCCUCCGAACUGCGCGAGGCGGUUUGCAGUCAGGUGCGUUUCCUUUGUUUUGGAGGGCCGCGGUCGGGCCGGGGAAGACAAUAGAGUCGCAAACCUCUUGGUUCACUCGACUGGAGUCAACCGACUGGAGAUGGCAACAAAAAUAUAUAUAUAAUAAAACCAUGAAACAAAUGGACAAAAAAUGCAAA